AUGGGAGAUCACAAGUGCAAUGAACCAGCGCCAUUACCAGAACCCACUCCUCCUGCCGCCACUUCGCUAUUUAGCAAGUUUAUGUCUUUUGGCACUGCCAACAAGCAGCAGCCCCGCGCGCCGCCCCAGGUCGACACGCUGGCAGCUAAUCGCGAGUUCCAAAACCAAAGCCAACUGACCCCGGCCAGCAACUCGAGCGACUCUCAAACGACCCCAUCUCCCGUAACGCCUACUACCACAGGACCGGCUGGAAAAGGGGAUUCACCGCGUAUUGCUGGGGACUCGCCACCGAGGCCAUCGACAGGGAGACCGGGUGGUUAUGGAGGCCUGGACGAUGCGAGACCCGAGACGCCGGUGCUGUCAACACCACUGGCAAAGAAGCCGACAACGAGUUGGGCGGAGAGGGUAAAUGCCAUGACACCUGGCCCUUUGGAUCCUCGGCGACCUUCGACGAGCGGACGUAGUGGCCCUGAUGAUCGCCCUAGUACCUCGGCCUCGAACAUUAGCGGCAUUCUUGGGAGACCAAACGCGCCUGCACUCAACGGAUAUGGAGGACUGGGCUCGCCUUUCAAGACUGCGCGAAGUUCGUUGGAGAGACCAGGGACGCCCAGUCGAGCCGAGACCUUUCCCCGGCCGAACGAGAGCUUUGCGCCUUUGACUCGCACGCCAACGGCCCCCGCUCCUUCAACAAACUCAAGUCCUGACGACGCGCUGGAUGCGAGAAAACCAAGCAGGGCGAGCGAGACCCCCCGAAGUGGAGUGAUUCGACCCAAGACACCUGGCCUGCCCACGAUCAAUCUUGCCCAAGAGUUUGCGGGUGGUAAUCCAUACCACGCCCCUUCAGAGUCGACAUCAUCCUCUGCUUCGGCUACCAGCAGCCAGCCCGAGCGCCGGCCCAGCCAAGCUAGCUCCCGAACGAGUCCGCCUAGCUCGACACUCGGAAGAUCACUGUCCGAUGCUUCGGUACCAGAGACGCGGGAUGCUGCCGACAAAGCCAAACCGGAGAUGCCACAGUCUCCACCACGCCAACCUCCUCCGGCGAACGAGAACAAGCCAAAACCGCCGCCGGUAGCGCCUCUGAAGUUGGGAUCUCGAAGCUUCCGGGAAAGACCGCCACCGCCGAGUGCUCGGCCCCCUCGAGAACGUGGCUACGAUCCCCGAAUCGACCCGGCCCUUCGAGACCCUCGUUAUGCUCGAGGACGCCCCCCGCUUGCUUCACCUGUCCCUCCCUCACCUGUCCCGUCUUCGGCUACACUUCCGUCGCCGAUCCCUCCUACUCCUACAGUUCCCACAUCAGUCCCUUUGCCACCUACUACUCCGUUGGCUCCACCAUUGGCUUCUCCGCUGAUCCCCCAGCCUACCACACCGUCGGCCCCUCCUGCGAUCCCCGGGCCUGCUCUUUCGCCUGCACCAUCGGACAGCCCGGAUGAGCCCAAACCGCCGAUUAAGCAUCCGCGCUCUCUUACUCCCGGCCCAGCCGAAGGCUUCCCGCCCUUGUCUCCUAGACUCUCUCCUGCUUCGACAGUAAACUCGUCCGAGUCAUCCACCAAUAACGGCAUCCAUCAUCCACAGCCACUAAGACCAGCGCAACCGCCACAGGAAGGAUAUCCGGGCUUCCGCCCAUAUCAGCCUCCGCCCAAACCUGAGUCCGAAGAGCAACCUCCCCCUCAUCCUGAGCGUUCACCAUCCCGUCCACGACCGCCACCAACGCCUCAGCAACAACCUGAGCAACCUUCAUCGGCCGCCGGCGCCUCGUCGCGCGGCAAUUGCAAGGCUUGCGGUGAGCCGAUCAAGGGCAAGUCCAUUUCGAGUGCCGAUGGCCGUUUGACCGGACGGUAUCACAAAGCUUGCUUCGUCUGCUCGACUUGCAAGGAGCCCUUCUCCUCCUCAACAUUUUACGUGCUUGAUGAUCGCCCGUAUUGCGAGCUCCACUACCAUAAGCUCAACGGCAGUUUGUGCGGCAGCUGCGGCCGUGGCAUCGAAGGACAGUAUCUGGAAGACGAAUCCUCGGUCAAGCACCACCCCGGCUGCUUCAAGUGCAAGGCGUGCGGUAUCGUGCUUCGCGAUGGCUACUUUGAGGUCAACGGCAAGGCGUACUGCGAGAAGGAUGCUUGGCGGCUCGUGCAAGGUCACCCACCGCAUCAUGGUCCUCCAGGACCCCCGGGUCCAGGCUCAAGAGGUAGGAUGGGUCCGCCUUAUGGACCACCCGGCCCACACGGGUACCCGCCGCAUGGGCUGCCGAGUGGUCCCGGACCUAGGGGCCCGCCCGGACCUGGUGGAUAUCCGCCUGGGGGUAGACUCGGGCCGCCGCCGGGACCAAGGCCCAGGAUGGAAAAGAGGAUGACGCGGUUGGGUAUGAUGUGA